CCCCGCCCCCUCCGCUGCCCUCGCGUGGCCCGAUCAAGAUGGCGGCUCCCAUGGCGUGGCGGCGCGCUCCUUCCUUGCUGCUGUGUGGCCACAGACCGGCUGUUCAGCUAUCCCCCAGACGAUGGUUAAACCUGCAGGAAUAUCAGAGCAAGAAACUGAUGGCUGAUCAUGGGGUCACCGUUCAGAGAUUCUUCGUGGCUGACACUGCAAAUGAUGCUCUUGAGGCAGCUAAGAGACUUAAAGCUACAGAAAUUGUAUUGAAGGCUCAAAUUUUAGCUGGAGGGAGAGGAAAGGGUGUUUUUAGCAGUGGGCUGAAAGGAGGAGUGCAUCUGACGAAGGAUCCCAAAGAGGUUGGACAGCUUGCCGAUCAGAUGAUUGGAUACAAUCUCGUAACAAAGCAAACACCAAAAGAUGGCGUUAAAGUUAAAAAGGUUAUGGUGGCAGAGGCACUAAAUAUUUCCAGAGAAACCUAUUUUGCAAUAUUAAUGGAUCGAGCUUGCAAUGGACCUGUUCUGGUUGGCAGUCCGGCAGGUGGGGUUGACAUAGAAGAAGUGGCAGCUACAAGCCCAGAGCUCAUCUUCAAGGAAGAAAUAGAUAUUUUCCAAGGUGUAAAAGAUACACAAGCUCUACGGUUGGCAGAAAAUUUAGGAUUCAAGGGUCCUCUACAACAGCAGGCUGCAGAUCAAAUUAAGAAGCUGUACAAUCUUUUCUUGAAAAUUGAUGCCACUCAAGUAGAAGUGAAUCCCUUCGGCGAGACUCCAGAAGGACAGGUUGUGUGCUUUGAUGCCAAGAUAAACUUUGAUGACAAUGCAGAGUUCAGGCAAAAGGAGAUAUUUGCCAUGGAUGACAAAUCUGAAAAUGAGCCUAUUGAAAAUGAAGCUGCCCUCUAUGACUUGAAGUACAUAGGCCUGGAUGGGAACAUUGCCUGUUUUGUCAAUGGUGCUGGCCUUGCUAUGGCAACCUGUGAUAUAAUUUCCCUUAAUGGAGGAAAGCCUGCCAAUUUCCUGGAUCUUGGUGGAGGCGUGAAAGAAGCACAAGUGUAUCAAGCAUUUAAGUUGCUCACUGCAGAUCCCAAGGUUGAAGCCAUUCUGGUCAAUAUUUUUGGUGGAAUUGUCAACUGUGCCAUUAUAGCCAACGGCAUCACCAAAGCCUGCCGAGAACUUGAACUGAAAGUGCCUCUGGUGGUCAGACUUGAAGGGACAAAUGUCCAUGAAGCCCAGCGCAUUCUAAAUGAAAGCGGACUUCCAAUCACCUCUGCAAGUGACCUUGAAGACGCGGCCAAGAAAGCUGUGGCUAGUGUGGCAAAGAACUAAAGGCGCAGCUGAUGAAGAAACGUGUACAAUAGAUUACAUUCCUAAAAUUGCCUCAGAAUAUAUAUUUAGGAUCAUUUUAACCAGCCUAGGCCUGACCUCUUUGAAUAAUGAAUGAGAAAUCAUGAAAUGUAAAACAAAACAAAAAACUGGAAGCCACACUGAAUUCAUAAAAUCUGUAUUUGUCCCUCCUGUGCCACAAUUGUAAAUGUAAUGAAAAAUCACAAUUUAUUGCCAUUCAGGUAUAUGGUUUUGCACUGCAUCUUUGUUAGUGAAGACUAGCUUUGGUAAGACAUUUUGCUACUUCUUUAAUAAUUUUGGGGGGAUAAUAAUUAAUUGUUUGCUUUAAUUGGUAAUCCUCGCUAGAAUCCAAAGCCCAUCAGAGUGUACUCCAGUCACCAAAAGGGGUUUAGGACUUUGGUCUCUUGUUUGGGUUACCUUCCCUUCACACAUGGCAAAACACUUUUGAAAUAAGUAGAACUCCCCAAAGAUAUUUGUGAUAAGAUAUAGGGCCUUCUGUUUAUCUGAAAAAAAAAAGAAAUAAAAACUCCAGUCCGCCCAAAAGACUUCAGUACAAAGAAGAUCUCUGAAUUCCAACCAGUUUAUAUUGUUUUGUUUACUAAUUAUUCCAGUUAGAGCUAGAGAAAAUAGCACCUUUUUUCUAUGUCAUUUGAGCCAAUAAAUGGGAAAGCGAAUCUCCCUAACUUGUUUCACAACUGCCUUAAAAUUAAACGUGCUUUGAUACCCAGCGUAUACCUCACAUUAAAUGAAAAUUCAGAAGUGACCCUAUUUUGUAUCAUACCAUGAAUGCACUUCUUGUGAAUGUUUUUAAGCACUAGAAGUAGAAACACGACAUACCAGAAUGUCAUCAUGCAUGCAGUAUCUCUGAACAUAUCCGUCCAUUUAAUGUUGUGAUCUUCUACAAUGUCUGCCAUUCACAGCAUACGGGAGAAAUAUGGAAACUCUGUAAUGCUUAAGAAUGUAUGUGGGUACCCUGCCAACAUCAGUCAGGUCAGAGAUGUGUUCAAGAGUACGUUCCAUCAUCCCUGUAUGCUCCUUGGCUGGGGAUGAUGAGGUUUGCAGUACAACACAUCCAUUUAGACCAUAAGUGCCAAGAAAACUAAUAUUACUGAAAGUAAUGUGACAGAAAUAAACUAAAGCUGUCAUGAAAAAUAUCAGGGCAUGAUCCAGCCUCGGAAAAGCCCUUAUAAGUGAUAACCUGAAAGUAUUGAUCACAUGCUUAAUUCUCACUUUGAAUGGAAAAAAAGAAACUUAAAAGCACUUUGACUUACUCUGCCUUUGAUUUCUGGAAAAUAAUGCACACAUACGUUUCUGAACUGACUUCAUAACCACUUCACGGUACUUGUUUCAUCAUGGAAAGUAUUGUGUAAACCAAAUGUGGAAAUCCACUUUGCUUUAGAUGUCAAUUUUAUGGGUUAUUAUCUAAUCAAGAAAUAGGAUGUAAACAACAUUGUUCAACUGACAAGACACAGAUUUAUAUUCUGAUUUAUUUUGAUUAUAGUCAUUAAGAAAUAUGAAAACUUUGUAAUUUAAUAAAAAGUGAAACUUAUCUAAUAAAUUUAUCCGUUAAACAUCA